UGAGUGUCUACGGGCCCUACUGCUCCAGACUUACUGAGGAAGUGCCUGUACACACUUACUGGGUCUUUGCUGUUCGCAGUUUUGCUGACUCAGAAAAUAUUUGCUGAGUUUGCAUUGAGGGAGUGUUUUAAAAGUGUUUACAGGAGAGCAAAUAAAUCCCAUGAAAUAAUUUAAAGCAGGGGUGUCAAACUGAAUUCCCAGGUGGCCACAGUGUCUGUGGGUUUUUGUGGUUUCCUUUCAAUCAGUUGCCAAUGAAAACGUUGAGGAAUGUGUUUUUUUUGGCCGAUCAGUGACUUAAAUGAACCACUGGUGUCUUGAGAACACCCUUCAAACCAGCAGACACUGCAGCCCUUCGGGACAGGAGUUUGACACCUGUGAUUUAAGGCUUCGAACCCAUCACAGCAAACUCACAAAGGACUGCAGUGCAGUUAAUGAAAGUGACAAACCAGAAAAAUGUGUGUGUUUUUCACAGAGGGGGCCACGGUUCGGCUGGAGGGCGGAGCGAACCGCUGUGCGGGGAGAGUAGAGGUGCACGGGGGGGGCCAGUGGGGGACCGUGUGCGAUGACUACUGGGACAUGCGUGAUGCCCACGUGGUGUGCCGGGAGUUGGGGUGCGGGUACCCUCUCUUCGCCCCCCGAUGGGCCAGUUUCGGACAGGGAACGGGGCCAAUCGCUUUGGAUGAUGUAGCAUGCAUGGGUUCAGAGACAUCCCUGUUCAACUGUGGUCACACAGGACUUGGUGUACACAACUGCUUCCACUACGAGGAUGCAAGUGUUGUCUGCUCAGAUUCAGCAGAGGAACCUGGCACCUACACGGGCCCUCGGGUGCGCCUGGCCGACGGCCCUGAUGAGUGCUCCGGGCGGGUGGAGGUGUACUAUUCGGGCAUGUGGGGGACGGUGUGCGACCACGAGUGGGACCUGCACGACGCGGAGGUGGUGUGUCAGGAGCUGGCCUGCGGCAGGCCUCGGCAGGCCCCCCGCUUCCACCACUUCGGGAUGGGACAGGGGCUGAUCCUGCUGGACCACGUCCGCUGCCUGGGCAACGAGACCUCGCUGCUGUCCUGCUCCGCUGCCCAGAUGGGGCUCCACGACUGCCACCAUCUGGAGGACGCCAGCGCCAUCUGCUCCGGGCGGACCCCGGUGCGCUUGGUUGGCGGUAGCAGCCGCUGCUCCGGGCGCGUGGAGGUGCACCACGGCGGCACGUGGGGCAGUGUGUGCGACCACGGCUGGGACCUGAGGAACGGCGGGGUGGUGUGCCGGGAGCUGGGCUGCGGGGCCGCCCUCCUCGCACCGCACGGGGCCACUUUCGGGCAGGGCGAGGGCCAGAUCUGGCUGGACGACGUGGCCUGCAACGGGACGGAGCGGAGCCUGACCGAAUGCAACAGCCGGGGCUACGGCAGGCACAACUGCGACCACUCCAACGACGCCUCAGUGGUGUGCACAGGGUAAAAAUAAUGAAGAAAAAAAUCUCCAUAAUCACUUUCCUUCUAAACCAGUGGAGAUUGAGGACACCAAGGCCACAUGCCUCCCAUGUCAAAGUGCUGGUGCCUGUCUGAUAUCCUCCCUGCAUUUAAUCAAAACCAACUGUCUUCCAGUGAACUCUCUGUUUAAUUAUAUUUAAGCAAACUGUCUGAAAACUAUAUCCAAGAAAUCAUUCUGUAGCAUAGUCACGUCUUCAUUGAAUGACCCGUUUGUGAUUUACACUUCCCAUCAUUACAUUAUCACUGUGUACGCAACGAGUCUGCAACCUGACGUGCGUUUAGAAACAGCAAACGCAGCGAACAGUUACUGUUGAACGAUGAAAUAAAUAUGCCAUUUAGUUCGCCACCAAAGCUUAUUUAAUACAAUUGGAUGCGACUUGCGUCUAACAAUGCCAGCUAGCAGAUCCGUUGCUUACCUGUGAUGUAUUUUUAAAAGAACAUAUUAAAUUGAUUAAAGUGUGUUAUAACAGGCAAAUAAUUGUCAUCUUUUCCUCUAUCUGCAUUUUCCCCAUAAGCAGCCAUUUUGUUUGAUUAGGCCCUAGUCCUUAUCUUUGUUGUACAGGUAGCAGUUGAAAUUGUACUUCCCUCUAGGGUCUUUCAGCGCACUUAUCCCUGGUUAUGGGUAUGCACUUUGUUGUACGUCGCUCUGGAUGAGAGCAUCUGCCAAAUGCCAUUAAUGUAAUGUAACAAUUCA